CGGGAAUCGAACUUCUACCGUUAUGUCACUAAAUUCUACAUGUAAAAACUCACAACCGUCACCAAGGACAAUAAAUCAAUAAAAUGGCCACAGGAGUUCAACUCUCGCCAGGAGAGGAGACUCUUCUCUUCGUUAGUAAGCCCAGACUAUUUCUGGAGCCCACUGGGGUUCCUUCCCUUUAGGUAUAACAGCCGGAACGUAAAGGUGACCCCACUUCCAUACAGCACCGAUGUCUUAGAAUACGUGGAGAUUUACCGUCACAACAUUUCUAGGUUUUCACGGCCUGAUAUUUUGUCGCAGAGACAAAUUUUUGCCACGUUUACAGUUAUAAUAGGUGCGUCGGGAAAACGAAGGUCGAAGCUGCAGUGGUAUUAUUGCGGGCUUUUGUGCUACUAGCGAAUUAAAACACCUAAGCAUCUUCGCCGAAGUAAAAGAAAGUGUCCUAUUACAAGAACUGGGCCUCUCCGAGACUAAGAAAACUGGUCCGAAGCAUUGUAAUAGAACAAUACAAUAAACGUCUACGCGUCUUCAACUAGCAUACGUUUCAAUUUUGGAAUAUGACACGUUCAAGAAUGCGCAAGACUGUAGUUACAAUGAUGACGCCAGAUCGCUUGAGGUCUAUUAUUCUAGGUCAAUUAUUAUACUUGUUGCAACUCAAUUGCACUGCGAAUCGGGAGAAGGGACGAGGAGGAGGAUUCCGCAAGAACAAGAAAACUUUCUCUACCUGAAGACUCACGUGGUCAGUGACACGAUUUCUCUGCAACAGUCAGCAGCACACAUCUCAACAUGGCGUCCACACUCAACCUAUUCCUGUUUUAUCUUGUAAUUAUUACUGUAAUGUUAUGGGUGUCUCCUGUGGUGGAUUCAACACUCACUCCACGUGCACCAAAUUUCCAGUACUUUGAGAGGCCCAAGUAUCGAUAUCCGUAUUAUGACGAGAAUGGAAGAGGUAAGCUGCUGUACGGAUAUGGAGGUCAAGAACUCUACCAAUAUAAAGCUUAUUCUCCACUUGAAGGCAUUCACUGAGGAGCUCCAGUGCUUCAUUCAACUUUCGUUGCUACUUCAGUGCAGCAAAUCUUAUGCUGAAACAAGCAAAGGUAGCAGUAGCACUGAUCAUUGCAAAAUGUAUAAAUGUUUAUAAUUAACGAAUUUUAAAAAUAUCUAGUUACUUUCAUACAAUAACUUAAGACAGUAUAGUUUGAUUAUGAAUUUAGCAAAACUAAUAGCUUUCUGAACAAGUCCUCUACAAAAGACUGAAGUGAGUGGAAUACACAUAAAUGACAUACCAGGGAGGAGAUGUGGGCAGGAAGAAAUAGUAGAAGACAAAUUUCAGCGUUGUGUAGCACAUUCAAGAGGAGUGCUCUAAUUCAGUGUGUCUCAGUGAUAUGUGGAUCAGAAAAGGCUGGGAAUCACUGAAUCAACCAGUCUAUAAAACUUGAAUGGUUUAGGCAGCUCUUGCAAGCAUCCAGUUCGCUAUUUAUUACAGCAUCAAUGAGUCUGAUUGCUUGUUUUUAUUUACUGAAGGUUGACAGAUCAUAUAUAGUAUUUUUCUGAAGUGGCAUUUAUUGGAAAAUUUUGUACUAUGUACCCACGAGGACAAUAUUUUGAGGAAAACUGAAUGUAUUCUGUCACUUAAGAACCAAAACAAUGAUUGUGAAAAUCAGGUGGUAUCAUGGAAAUAUGUUCAUUGGCUUUUUUCCAUUGCCUGGAUACAUGAAUCCAUAAAUAUCCAUACAGGUAACAGACCCAGGAUGUGGAAAUAGUUAUAUUAAAUACAUACAUAAAGUCACAUAAUGAAGAUCACCCACAUCAAUCAAUUAACAUAUACAAUAAUAUGAAGUAAAAACAUAAUAUCUUGAUUAACAGGCAUAAUUUGAAAAAAAGAGAUCAAGGCAAGUAAAAUAAAAUUCUAACAUCCAGUCUUGGUAGAUCAUAUAUUUAGUGACUGGUAGAUACUCUAGAUAAUAGUAUAUAUCUUAAAGAACACUACUGCUGCAAGAGAAUGAAUUUGUUUCCUCUUCCAAGACUUCCAAAAAUAAAUAAAUUUGUU